AUGACUACCACCGAGAACGUUUCUUUCCUCUCCCGCGGCUUCAAACUUGCUGCUCAUCUCUACCAUCCCGCGCCCAACGCUCCCAAUCGCUCCGGCGCAGCCGUUGUUAUCGCCCAUCCCUGGACUUCAAUCAAAGAACAAUCUUCUGCAAACUACGCCCGCGCCCUGUCACAAGCUGGAUUUGCCUGCCUCGCCUAUGAUGCCGCCUACCAGGGCGAAUCCGACGGUGAACCACGCAGCCUUGAAGACCCCGCCCAGCGCGUCGAGGACAUCAAGAGCGCCGUGACAUACUUGCGCAGCCGAAGUGACGUCAACAAAGAGCGCACCGGCGUGCUGGGCAUUUGCGCCUCAGGCGGUUAUGCCACCUUCGCCGCACAGACUGACCUACGCAUCAAGGCCGUGGCGACCGUCGUCGCCGUCUGUGUCGGCACCAUGGCGCGCCGCGGCUUCGACAAGGACUCGUCUAACAUGAAGAUCCUGCACGCGCAGCUUGAAGCCGCAGGCCGGGACCGCGACAGCGGCUUCACGGGCGAGAAGGUGCCGCUUGUGCACCUGCUGCCGGAGCGUAUCGAGGAUAUGCCUGCGGACUUCCCCGAGUCGUUCCGCGAUCUGGCGGGCUACUACCGCACCCCGCGUGCCAACCAUCCCCGUGCGACAAAUACGUGUGUAGCUCGAAGCUGGGACCUGAUGGGCAACUUUGAUGCGUUUGCGUAUAACUCGAUGAUCAGCCCCCGGCCGCUGCUGAUGAUCACGGGCACCAAAGCGGGGUCUAAGUGGUUCAGCGAGGACGGGAUCGAGAAGGCCAGCGAGCCCAAGGAGUUGAUGGUCAUCGAGGGUGUGACACAUGCCGAUCUGUAUGAUCACCUAGAUGUGUCCGGGCCGAAGGUGGUGGAUUUCUUUGGGAGGCAUCUAUAG